ACCCGUUGGAGUUACGUCCCUUAGAAUGACGAAUUCUCGCUUGGUACGAGAUUCUGCGUGGUAUUUUGUUGUCAACAGAAACAGGACAGCAAGACAGUUCUUGCCUUAAAAACAGAGGCUUCUAGAGUUAUUGUGUCAGUAAACAUGGAUGAAUUUCAAACUGGAGAAGAGACUGCGUUUGUCACAGAUGAAGUUACGAACAUAGUGAAAGAGGCUAUUGAAGGAACCAUUGGUCCAAAUGCUUACCAACACAACAAAGUAAACCAGUGGACAUCAAAUGUAGUGGAACAGUGUUUAAAUCAGCUAACAAAAUUAGGAAAGCCAUUCAAAUAUAUAGUUACCUGUGUAAUCAUGCAGAAGAAUGGCGCUGGUUUGCACACGGCCAGCUCCUGUUUCUGGGAUAAUGGCACUGAUGGCAGUUGCACAGUGAGAUGGGAGAACAAAACCAUGUAUUGUAUAGUUAGUGUGUUUGGCUUGGCGAUCUAAGAAGGGGGAAUAACUAUUGAAGGGAAAUUAACUUUGUGACACAGAACUUGUGACUGUUCAUAGAACAACAAACCAAUGUGACAGACUUCCAUUUUCAUUCCUUUAGGUCUUGAAGGCAUGGACCUGCUUCAGCAUUUGCUUUAAAGCAAAGUACUUCAUUUUCCUUAUUAUAAUAUUUACACAUGUGAAUGGUCAUAGGUUUUCUAAUUCAGCUGUAUCAAAUAUUACAGGGUUUUAUUUCCUCUUGUUUUGGCAGUCAUAAUACACUCUUGUCGAUUUUUUUUCUUUUCCAAUAAAUUAAUGCAAAUUAAUACAUAUCCCAGUGUGGGAUCAUGUAACUAACAUCAGAAAAUUCUAGGUGAAUUAAUUUGUAUGGCAGUUCUUUUCCCCUCAUUUAUUCUUCAAGGAAGAUGCCUCUGUGAUAUACCUUUAUCAAUUUAUAUUAUUAGUCUCUCUCAAGAUUCAAAUUCAAAGAUAUGUGUUACUAAUAUAUAUUGUAAAGUUUAAAUGAUUUCGUAACUUGGUAGGUCAGACAACAAAGGAACAUGUCUUAAUUUGUUUUAAGUAUAUUUGAUAUAUUUAUUCCAUCAAUUGUACAUACUAUAAUAUAUUGUGCUUGUAAUAGAACAUAUUAAAACUGUGUUCAGACCAA